AUGAGUUUAUCACAGGUGAAAAUAGAUAAAUUGUGGACUCGUGUUGAUCCAUCAGCUAAACCUAAUCCUUUUUUGAAUAGCCAAGAAAUCAAAACUACAACGACAAACACGAAUGUUAAGAUUCCGUCUGUUACACAGCCAAUUCAUCGUUGGCGACCAAAUCAGCCUCUAUUUACUCUUCCACCCCUUACAAAAAAUACACAUACGACUACAUCUAUGCGAACAAUUCAAGUAAUUGAUCCGAUUAUCACACCGAGUGUACCCAUCAGUAGCUUAAAACAUAUGCAAUCAGCUCAGAAUCUAUUCAGUAUUGGUAAACGUAUGCCAGAGGUUGAAUUGGCUUUGAAACAAUUGAUUGCUGAUAUGGAAAGAUGUCCGCGGCCAGAAGAGGAACUACCACAACCGCUAUCUCUUCGUGAUGUAACAUUACAUGGUUAUCAACGACAUGCACUUGCUUGGAUGCAAUGGCGCGAAUCGAAUUCACCUUAUGGAGGAAUCCUCGCCGAUGACAUGGGAUUGGGUAAAACAGUUACGACCAUUGCAUUUCUUCAGCUCCGAAUGAAUUCUAUAAAAACUCAAUCUUCUGAAGAGAUAUUCGACACAACAAAGUCUAAUCUAAUUCCGACAACAUUAGUUAUUUGCCCGGCAACUUUGAUGAGUCAUUGGGAAAGUGAAAUCAAUAAGUAUAGUCGUAUGAGAUGUUUCAUUUAUCACGGGUCAACGCGGAAAAAAGAUAUUCCAACUGGUGGUGCAACUCGUGCUUUUGGACAGUAUUGUGUCGUUCUAACAUCUUACGAAUUAGUACGAGCUGAACAUACAGCUGAAGGAGCGAAAAAUCCAUUAUUUUCUGUCAAAUGGCAACGAGUUGUUCUUGAUGAAGCUCAUCGAAUACGUUCACACAAAUCUCAAACAGCUCAAGCAUGUUCAGCUGUCGACGCUAUUUAUCGAUGGGCAUUAACUGGCACACCAAUACAUAACAAAGCUGAUGAUUUCUAUUCUCUUCUAAACUUUCUUCAUUAUUCACCAUUUGAUGUUUAUUCCACGUGGAAAUUAUUCUCAUCGAAUCAGUAUAAAUCGAUUGAACGAAUGAAAACCAUCGUUCGUGCAUUGAUUCUUCGUCGGACGAAAACCGAUUAUGACUUAAAUGGGAAACUACUUGUGCCGUUACCAUCCAAACAAAUCGAAAUUAUUUGGUUGAAAUUAACCGAUGAAGAAAUGAAACAUUAUCAACGCGUCAAAGUCGAAAUGACCGAUGCAUACAGAUUAUUCAUUCGAAAUCGUCGCGAGAAGAAGAAAACAAAUACUGUAGUUCUUUUCACACUCAUGUUGAAGUUACGUCAAGCAUGUAAUCAUUUAUCGUUAGUUAAAGAUCUAUCGACUGACGAUGUAUUUGAUGAUAAAGAUGAUGUUGCACUGGAAUUAUCCAUGUUCAAAUUGGAUUUGAACGAUACUUUCAAUGACAAGAAUAUCCAAGCCCUUGCCAAAGAUGCUGAACUUCAAUAUGAUAUGACAUUCAUGAGUACGAAGUUGGACUGUCUUUUGAAGAAGAUUCAUAUGAUUGUUAAUCAACUCGGCGAAAAAUGUGUCGUUGUCUCAUCAUGGGUAGGCAUGCUGAAUAUCGUUCGACAUCAUUUAAAGAAAAAUCUUAUACGCUCACAAACGAUCAGUGGUGAAGUGAAAAUUCCUGAUCGACAGGCGAUUGUCCAAGCAUUCAAUAGCGAUGAAAAUGCUUUUAUGGUUCUACUUCUAUCAUUGAAAGCCGGUGGUGAAGGUCUUAAUCUUGUUGGUGGUAACCAUCUCUUCUUAUGUGAACUUUCUUAUAAUCCACAAAAUGAGCAACAAGCAUGUGAUCGAAUUUAUCGAAUUGGCCAACGAAAAGAUGUGCAUAUUUAUCGGUUAAUGGUGAAGAAUACAAUCGAAGAACGAAUUAGUAGCUUGCAAGAAACCAAACUGAAACUAGCUGGGGAUGUACUAGCUGGUUGUAUAGAUAAAUUCAGUUUGCGAUUAGAAGACAUUGCUUUUCUAUGCUCAUAA